AUGGAUCAAGCCUUGAAGGCCCGGAAGAUGGGAUCCGCUUCCGCUAGGCGGAGAAAGAUGCAGGAACGACAGCAGCAGCAGGCGCUGGACCGAGAGAGACACGUGGAGCACAAGAGGAGGAUUUUGAUGUACGAUCACAGGGCGGAUCGUCAGUCUGCGUAUAUGGAUGACCUGGAAUACGAUGUAGCAGACGAGUGCGACGGCAGCGCUGGACGUUCUGACCGAGAGUCGUCUGUCGAAACGCAGUCGGAGAGAAGUGCAUCCACGCCGGACGACAUGCUGCAGAAUAAAACUACAUUUGGCGGACAACCCUCGACCACCUCGCACACUCUCACGGCGCUCAAAAUCCAGAUACCCGACGAAGAUGAGGUCCUCCACCGAAUGGAGCUGGACGAGAACCGAAUCAUCAUCCCUCCCUCUCCAAAACCACUCCUCCAGGCGUCGCUCGCUACCCUGUCUGACUUCCGAUACGACCGAUACUCAACGAUCCUAGACUCUCCACUGUCGGAGACACUCAGUCCUGACCUCGACACGGACGAGACGUUUUCCCCAAUCGAAACAGCUACGCCUAUCUCCUAUCAACAGCCGAAGUCGCGGCCGUCGCUGAUUUCCAUAGUCAGCGUAUCUGAUCGAAGCAAACGGCGGACGGCUUCUCUGCAAAGCCCACUGUCGCAGAUGGUGCAGCAGACGGUAGAAAGACCCACGAAGCGUCAGUCAACAAGCAGUAUCCGCGCCGCCUUUCCCGCGGCUGAAGCAACUCUCUUCGAAGUGCCUAAUCUGCCCGAUAACGCUUUCGAGCUCAUUGCCAGUGCUAGCCAAGAGUCCCUGCCGUUAUCAGGCAAGGAAGUACCAAGGUCAAAAGCUGAACGAAAACCAAGCAUGCCUCGUCUUUCGACAGCGCUGAGCCAUGCACGCAUGAGCAGCAUCAAGAGCCUUAUCAAGACCCCCACAACUGCCACUCCCUCUGCGACGCGCCGGACGUCGAUCUCUCGCCCCUCAAGUCACAUCAGCAGACCUUCCACCGCAAGCGUGCCUGCGUCGGAAGUUGCGUCAAUAAUGAGGAACCCAGCCGCGUUGAGCAGCUCGAGCGACCUCAAUUCGAUGACUCGUCCACCAACAUCUCACAGCUCUUCGAUUUCGAUGGCAGGAGCGGGCAACACCAUGACAGCCUUGCCAUCGCUGCCCACACCCCCAGCUGAUGACGGUGUCUCGGAUCCCCUUGCGGCUAAACCCGCUAUGCAAAGAAAGAAGUCCUUCUCCGCCCUACGAAGAAGAAGUGAGAGCAUUGGACAAGCGAUUAAAGGCCUUAGCAAACUCACACCCAAGCAUGAUGUUCCCUUACCAACAACGCCUAGCAUAAUGACGCCGAAGCGGUUGCAAGAAUUCGAUCUUUCCAAGUUUCCUACUCCGCCUCUGCCUUCCCCGCGAACUGGCCAGAGUAGCGCAAGCUCUUUCACAUCUUCUCGAGCGCGGAGUAGCGGAGGGUUUGUUGGGCUAGGGCUCCGGAGUGUUGAAGGUCUGUCACAAAGAUAG